GUACUACUAAGCUGUGCGGUCGCCUUCGUCCUCGAUUUUCUUUCUUUGGCCGCGUGCGUUCAACCUCUACCGCGUUUGCUCGCUCUCCUCUCAGAUCCCAGCAACCAUUCGCCACUUCAAGCUUUGCCUCCUCCUCCAUCUCUGAUUGGCUUCCCAUGCCACCGCCGCCCUUUCUUGUUGCUUUUCCUUGAUCGAUCUGGUGCCUAAUGGCGCUGCCUUUGCUUCGCCUGCUGCUGCUGCUUGUGCUAUCAUCGGUUCCUCUCUCUUGCCAGCUCGCCCACUCUACUGCUGCAGACACACAGAAUUGGGGACAGACCUCUGUUGUUCAUCUUAGAAAUGCACAUACUAGAAAAUUACUUGGCCUAUUGGACGAUAUCAGUGGUAGAACUGGAAGCCUACAUGCUCUUCUUCUCGAGGAGUCACCUAAACAAGCUCCUCCUCAUCAUCACAAUAGGCACGGGGGGCAUCACAGAGCAGCACAUACACCAGCACCAUCGCCUGCACCAUCCCCUUCUCCAUUCACUGCUCCACCUAAAUCAGCCUCACCUGCUGCCAUAACAAUCCCCAUAUCUCCUUCAACCCCACAGCCAAAGGCAGAGAGUAAUCCUGCUGUUGAAGAUGCUCCGGCUCAACCUAGGCAUUCCUGGAGAAACUACGGUUUGGUCACAGCAGGAAGUGCAGUUUUCCUUGUCAUGACAAUAGCAUCUGUUAUUUACUGUCGAGCUAAGAAAGUCGGAACUGUCAGACCUUGGGCCACGGGGUUAAGCGGGCAAUUGCAACGAGCAUUUGUCACAGGUGUACCUUCAUUGAAACGGUCUGAGCUGGAAGCAGCAUGUGAGGAUUUCAGCAAUAUAAUUGGUUCUACAUCUAGUUGCAUGUUGUACAAGGGAACUUUAUCAAGUGGAGUUGAAAUAGCAGUUUUGACAAGUUCAACAGAAUCCGGGAAGGAAUGGUCAAAAGAAUGCGAGUCACAGUACAGAAAAAAGAUCACAAAUUUAUCCAAAGUUAGCCAUAAGAACUUUAUGAAUCUGCUCGGCUAUUGUGAAGAAGAGAAUCUUUUUACCAGAGCUAUGGUGUUUGAGUAUGCUCCAAACGGGACACUUUUUGAGUAUCUCCAUGUCAGGGAAGCUGAGAACUUGGACUGGAUGGCACGGGUUAGGAUAUCGAUGGGAAUAGCUUACUGUCUAGAGCACAUGCAUCAGCUGAACCCACCUGUUGUGCCAAGGAACUUCAACUCGACAACUAUAUACCUGACUGAUGAUUUCGCUGCAAAGGUUUCAGAUCUUGAUUUCUGGAACGACAGUAAGGGAUCCUUCAAUUCUGCUACUUCUGAUGAAACCGUCAUGGUGGAGAUAGAUAGCAUGGUGCAUCAAUAUGGCAUAAUACUGCUGGAGAUAUUGACCGGAAGAGUUCCCUACUCUGAGUCAGAUGGGCCACUGGAGCAUUGGGCAUCUGGUUACUUUGAAGGCAAGAUGACUCUUGCAGAGCUGAUUGACCCAAGCCUGGGAUCAUUCCCUGAAGACGCUGCGCGUGCAUUGUGCGAUGUGGCGAGGUGGUGCAUUGAGCCAGAGCCGAGCAAGAGGCCGCUCAUGUCACAGGUUGCAGGUCGGAUGAAGGAGAUCACCUCCCUGGGGCCUGAGGGAGCGACUCCAAAGGUGUCGCCGCUAUGGUGGGCGGAGCUGGAGAUCAUGUCUGGCCAAGCUACCUAGCUAUGCUGAUGUCAACACCACCAGCAACAGCAAUUGAUUCCCCAAUGUGAUAUAGUAGCAAAUUCUUUCAUUUCUUUUCUUGUUUGUUAAUCAUCAAGACUACUCAAGAGUUUGGUGGUUGUGGUUAUAGUUAUAUAUGUAUACAUACAAGGUGUUUUGAGCAUUGUAACUUGUAAGCAUGCAAACGUGUGAAGGAAGGAAGGAAGGAUGUAUCAUGUUGAGUUUGUUGGCAACAUGUGGCAAGUAGCAUGCAUGAUAGCACUGAAUAAUCCAGCUAAGGCCAUGGCAACAAAACUAGUGAUGAGAAUACUCUGACUUUGAAUGAGAAAAUACUUCUGUGUCUCUUGGCAA